ACCACGUCAGUUGUAGGAGAAAUCUGCUUAGACCGUCUUCUUUGUGUUUCAUCAAGGGGAGAUAGUGCGGUGUGGUUAUUUGAACCUCUGCUUCCUGUUGUCCUUUCAGUCGUUGUCAGCCAAAAGAGGGGGAAAAAGAAAAAGAAAAACAGCCGACGGUUGUUAGCCAAUGUAAUGAGAUGUUUGGAAGCGCUGCGAACAAGGUGUUCUUUGCGGCUGUAGUUUUGAGCAGAUAGUUUUCGACCGAAGCGCAUCCAGCCACGGAGACGACGAAACAACUCGAACAUAGAGGGGGAAAAUCACUGAGAAGAGCUGACUUAUCUGGCAAAACACUGACACAUUUAAAAGAUGAUGACUUCAUGGAGUGACAGAUUGCAAAACUAUGCAGACCUGCCAGCCAAUAUGGACGGCGUUACCAUGAAGAAGUACAGGAGGGAGCCCUACCACAGAAUCUUCGUCAAUAGAAGCUUGGCAAUGGAGAAAAUCAAGUGCUUUGGUUUUGAUAUGGAUUACACUUUAGCAGUCUACAAGUCACCUGAGUACGAGUCGUUGGGCUUUGAACUGACGGUGGAGAGGCUGGUGUCCAUUGGUUAUCCCCAGGAGCUGCUCAGCUUCGUCUACGAUCCUUCGUUUCCCACCAGAGGCCUUGUGUUUGAUACCAUGUAUGGAAACCUACUGAAGGUUGAUGCUUAUGGCAACAUCCUGGUUUGUGUCCACGGGUUUAACUUCCUCCGAGGUCCUGAUAUCCGUGAACGAUACCCCAACAAGUUUAUCCAGAGGGACGACACAGAGCGCUUUUAUAUCCUUAACACACUCUUCAACCUCCCAGAAACCUACCUUUUUGCUUGUCUUGUGGAUUUCUUCUCCAACUGUGACCGAUACACAAGCUGUGAAACGGGCUUCAAGGACGGCGACCUCUUCAUGUCCUACAAGAGCAUGUUCCAGGACGUUCGGGACGCGGUGGACUGGGUUCACUUCAAGGGAACCCUGAAGGAGAAAACUGUGGAAAACCUGGAGAAGUACGUAGUGAGAGAUGGGAAGCUCCCACUUCUCCUGAGCCGGAUGAAUGAAGUGGCCAAGAUUUUCCUGGCUACCAACAGCGACUACAAAUACACGGACAAAAUUAUGACUUACCUGUUUGACUUUCCACACGGCCCCAAGCCCGGCACCGCUCACAAGCCUUGGCAGUCCUACUUCGACCUGAUCCUGGUGGACGCUAGGAAGCCCGUCUUCUUCGGGGAGGGAACCGUUCUCCGACAGGUCGACACGACCACAGGACGUCUAAAGAUUGGAACCUACACCGGACCUCUGCAGCACGGCAUAGUGUACUCAGGAGGUUCCUCGGACAUCGUGUGUGACCUGCUGGGGGCCAAAGGGAAGGACAUUUUGUACAUCGGGGACCAUAUCUUCGGAGACAUCCUCAAGUCUAAGAAGCGUCAGGGCUGGAGAACGUUCCUGGUGAUUCCUGAGCUGGCCCAGGAGCUGCACGUUUGGACCGACAAGAGUUCGCUAUUCGAGGAACUUCAAAGCCUGGACGUUUUCUUGGCAGAGCUUUACAAACAUCUGGACAGCAGCAGCAACGAGAGGCCUGACAUCAGCACUAUUCAGAGAAGAGUCAAGAAAGUCACGCACGACAUGGACAUGUGCUACGGCAUGAUGGGGAGCCUUUUCCGCAGCGGCUCCAGACAGACUCUGUUUGCCUCCCAGGUGAUGCGUUACGCCGACCUGUAUGCCGCCUCCUUCAUCAACCUGCUGUACUACCCCUUCAGCUACCUGUUCAGAGCCGCGCACGUGCUGAUGCCUCACGAGUCAACGGUUGAGCACGCCCACGUGGACAUCGACGUGGAGUCGCCGCUGGCCACGCGUAACCGCACCCAGUGCAACGACUGCAAGGACCUGGAGUGCAAACGCAACCACCUGACCCGCUCCUUCAGCGAGAUCAAGCCUCCCAACCUGUUCCCCCAGACGCCCCAGGAGAUCACUCACUGCCACGACGAGGAUGACGACGAGGAGGAGGAGUAAUAAAACACCCUGCAGAGUUGAGCCAUGUUCCCGUUCCCCGUCGCCUUGCGUUUCUUUAUAGAGUCGAAUGGUGAUCUCGAGACGGGAAAGAGAAACGCCUCCUGUGUGCGUUUGUGUGUACUUACAUUUACUGUCGAUGUAAAUCGAUGCACACGAACACGCAAACACUCACACACACACACACACAUACUCGGGAGAUUUCUAAAAAAAUAUAUAUAUAUAAAUUCAAAGAACCAUUAGGAGGAAGAGAUCACUCAUGUCUGUCAGAAAAAUAGCACGCAUGCUCGACUCACGACACGGAAAGAAGAAGAAAAAAAAAGGCACCCUGAGCAAUCAUCUCAUGAAACGCUAGUUUUUAACGUAUUUUUAUAACCAAAUAAUGUUUACGCUGUAAUCCUGCAAAUACGGUUGUUAUACUAUACCUCUAACCACGAGACAAGCUAACAGGGAAUGCGCGGGAAAAUCGUCCGAGUGUUGAAAACAGACAUUUUUCUGCUGUUUGGGAACAACGUUCUGCUUUUUAAUCCGUUUAGCUUGUUUUCUAACUCAUGCAUGAAGAACUGUAUCUUCCCCACGGGCAGCAGGGAUGGGUUUUCCUAAACCUCAGGACCUGAGUGUGCAUCAGGUUCAGUGGGGAGUCGAGGACAUGGUACUGUAGUCUCUGUAGGAGCCCUGACAUACUGUAGUGGUCAUGUAACUCGCCACAUGGCAAACGACUUGUUAUAGCUGCGUCACAACAAGCAGGCUGACCUGCACCAUUUCAUUUUAGUUUGGUGUUUGGAAGAUGAAGUUUGAACAUUGUAUUACACUAUCGGGGAUGUUGAUGAGAAAAGUAGAACAGACUUGCUGGGAGUGAAGGGAUUUUAAAUUUUUUUUUAAGGUGCCAAUAUGUGAAGUUCUUCAGUGUAUGAAGGUGUUUUUAGGAUGUUUUUAUUGUCACAUAUGCAGAGUCCUCGGCAUCAGUAAUCGGGUCAUUAUAGUUAAAGCUGUGGUACUUGAUUUUAAUUUUAAAAAAAAAAGAGACCAGACUCUUAAAAAUUAUUACCCCAUUCUAGCAUUGCUAUUUUAAUGUUGGGAAAAAUAUACUUUAAAAAAACUAGGUUUCAGUUAUGAUUCAAAUGCAGUUUUACGCAAAGAUUUAUGGUUUUGUUCCCUUAAAAACGACAUACUUGGCUGUGUGACUCUGCAGCGUCAGCAUCUUGAAGCCCGUCUAUGCAGUGAGCUUCAAGCACCAGAUUCCCCCAACAUUCCCCAACAUAAAACUAAAUGUUCAGUUUCCCUAGUUUUACACAUUUCAGUAAAAUGAACACACUUGGGUUCUUUUAACCACCUUAUUCCUCCAUCCUGUGAUGCCUUUUUAAAUUCUGAUUCUUCAGCUGCUUUAAUCUUGAUUUCUCGUUGGCUGGCAAGUGAUGGCAAAUAAGUCUCUGAUCGCAGGAAUAUUUUGUCUUCACGAUGUGAUUAUCGCCCGAUCGCAGGGCGAACUCCUUCCGCCGUCGCCACCGUUUCCCCCCAGAAUAAGGUGGAGAAAUUUCUCCCAAACUGCAAAUAAGGAAAAAUUGUCAUUUCCAACAUUUACUUGCGGAAAAUGAGAUGGAUAAGUUUGAUUUGGACCUUGAAUUCUUCCGAUUAAACGGGUUCAUUUUGAAAUAACACAAUGUUACCAUUUUACCUGGAGGAGAGCCGAGGAGUCACUGCUUGGUGGAAUAUACCAGAUUUUUUGGUAUUUUAAUAGUAUUAAAUUAUUUUAGCUUCAGUGGGAAAAUGUGUUGAUUUAAGCAAUAAGAUCCCGUUUAAGUGUUUGUCCAAACAUGACAAUAAUAUGAAACUUUGAUAUUUUGAUCAAAGUUUCAAAACACCUGUGAUCAACUGAGCUGAAUUGAAACGGUCUAAAAAAGAUGAGUUUUUUUGUGAGACGGUGGGUAACUGUAUCGCAGCUUCUGGAGAUUUUUUUUUUUUUUUAUCAUAUGACAUUGCUUACUAAAUGCUAAAUCUCCACUGACAUUUUUCUCCAGGGAUUUUGCUCAUUUUCACUCCACAGACAGACCGAAAAAAAAAAAAAAAAAAUCUUCAGCGGUGAUCAGAUUUGAUUCAAGUUUUGCACGCACGGGGAAUGUGUUGCUGGGAAAAAUAAGUUUUCAGGGUUUUAAACUUAGGUUUAACUGGGUUUAAAAUGGUUCAUGUUUGUGUUGAAACGGACUGCCUGAACUUCAUUUUUCCUUUCCUAAUAUGCUACGUUUUCCAGUUUUAUUGACAUUGUACGGCUCUGAUCAGUUUGGCCAGGAAAGGAAAGGUACAUGCCAUCUAUUCUUUUGGUUUUCUUUUCAUAUUUGUUUUGGUUUGGCGUGGGUUGGAGGGAUGUUGUGAAUGUUUUUUGUUAGUUUUUUUUUUUAGCUUAAAGUGUCACUUCUUUAUUUGAUGUUAAGAAAGAUCACAGCUGUUUGUCUUCUUUUUUUUUCUUACAAAGAAAUCUUUUAUAUUUUCAUGUUUCCAUCUUUGCAGAAGUGGGCAUGUUGCAGAAGGCAGCUGUACAGCUAAUGAUGAAAGUUGCAUAAACUGCAUACAUAUACAUGCAGUUGGUAUCCAUUCUGACUCGAUGGAUAUUUCUUCUCUAAAAAGUAAACAUUGAAAGUUUCCCCAGUGUGUCAGUGUAGUUAACACUCAUAAAAGAGAGCAAACCUGUACAGAAAAUCUUAAGGAAGUGGGGUUAGCAUGAAAAGUACAAUUACUAUAUUAGCUGAGGUUUUUAUUUUUCUAAAUAAGUAUUUUUAAAUGGUCUUGGUUUACAGAACUGUAGAUAGACCUUUUUUAUUUUAUUCAAAAUAACAUUUUAUUUUCUUUUUUUUAACCCUACCACAUACGUGUAACGUUCAGACCUUACUAAUAAAGCCUUGUGAAGAGCAUUAGGCUAUAGGAGGUUAUUUUUUUUCCAUCCUUGUGUUGCUUAGAAACAUUAACAGCCUCCUCACAUUUUCUAAACUGUCCUUUUGUUUGUAUGCAUAUCAGAUUAUGUUCCUCUGAACAGUAUUUGUUUCCUGAAAUGUUCCUUCAGACUGUAUAUUGAAAUCAUUACAUGAAAAUCUAGAAUAAAGAUAGUUUUUCAUAA